UUUGGACCACCGGCGUCUACUUGUCCAUACCCGGUACCGUCAACCCGCCCACAACCAUCCACAACCACCUACCUGUAAUACUCGGCGUUUCCCGAUAACCACAGGAUUGUCCAAUGACCUCCAUCAGUUCGCGGAGCUCGUCCACCAUUACGGUGACGAAGCUGUCAAACCAGCCACCACUACAGCCGCCACCACCCAAUCCAUCUAGUCGAUUCCCAGUCACACCAGCGGUACUGCGUUCCAUAUUCACAUCCUCGCGCACACCCCACGAGGAAAGAUCCAUAUCUCGUGUCGCAUUCUUCAGGUUCGCUGGCUUUCUGCUGAGUUGCGUGUGCAUCAGCUUCGCUGCUGCGAGAGGAAGGGGAAUGAAAGGAAGUGCUGGUCUUCUGGGUGUUGUUUGACGUCAAUAUGAAGUCUGGUGUCAAAAACUUGGU